UUCAUAAAGUGUCAAUGUAGGUGAGGUAAAGAGAACCUAAAAAUGGCGUCCGCCGAGGGCUUUUGCCUGGGUGAUGACGCCGCUUUGGCAGUUUCGUCCUGUCUUACAGACACAACAGCCCCAUCUGCAUACGAGGAUGAUCCGCUGAAGAAAGCGAUGACAGAAGCACACGUCUUUGGCAGCAGUGAGGAUGGUUCUGAGUAUGAUAUCUCCAACAGUGACGGCAACCAUACAGGAGAGGAUGCAGACCAGGGAAGUGGGAACUUGUAUGAUGAGAAUGUCACAGGACUGGCAGGCCAUGCUAACCAAGGAGACCUGUUCCUGUCCAUGGCGCAGGCAGACUAUGUGGACGACCACGUGAUCCGGAAGAGCGCGAGAAAGCGGAAACCCCGACCGCUGUCCCCCGAUAACGAUCUUCUCAUGUCAAAGAAGCGGAAGAGACCACGGAAGAAUCCAAAUCCCGGCAAAUCUGCGGGGAGGAGAGGCAGUUUUGAUACUGAGGCAGAAUCGUUUUGUUGUGACCUGUGCAAGUCUCCGUACGUGACCAACCCAACGCGCAGAGGGAACAAACCCAAGCUGACCAACGCCAACCCCAGCCCCCGACACAAGAUAGACCCCAUCACUGGCAGGAUGCUCACACUGUGUAACGCCUGUGGUUUAGCUUUCAAUCGUCCUAAGAGACCGAGGAAAGAACGGCCAUUACCCAACGAGGUAGAGAAGGCUAAGUACCUACAGGAGGCGCAGCAGUUUGCCUUGUCUCUGGCAGAGGGCCUCAGUGAUCCAGAAGCGGAGAGGUUGUUCUGCCCUCACUUCAAGCUGAAGGCGUGCGGCUGUAUGCAGAACUUCAUCAUUGGGGAGGGAAACAUGGAGGAGUCCAGGAGGAGAGCCAAUCAGCUGCUGCGGAUGUUAAAGGAGGCCAAACAGCUGAGUCAGCUGAAAUGUUACGAGGUCGUUGGUGACCCCACCAACCCCAGCGGGCAGCCUAGAUCCAAAAGAGCGAGGAACAUAGGGCUGGGGAAUGGUCAGAGGAAGUCGCAGGCCUUCGAGGACUUUGUGUUGAAGAACCGUAAGAUCCUGAGAGAACAGAUAAAGCUGUGUGAGCGUGCCACGCAGAAGGUUCUCUGUUACUCCAACAACUUCCUGCACAAGAAGCUGAAAACGGAUCCACAGAAAGGAGUGCGUAAAGAGAGACAAAAGGGAAAAGAAGCCCUGGGACAGCUCAGGUCCAUAGAAGACCUGCCCAGGAGUCGCUGCUGUGUGGACAACUGUGUCCUGAUGGCGCUCACCCAUGGCCGGCUGCUCCAACAGUGGCGAGACCGCGCCAGGUCAGGCCAGAUCGAGGCCAGGAGGGUCCUGGCGGAGAUGUUGACUCCGUCCGGCGGAGCCCGCUCCAACUGUUACAAGUUUAUCAACUGGGUGACGGGGUGUAGUCACAGCACCAUUGGCAGGGUCAACGACCAGAUGAAGCGUACGGGCGGGGACAGGGAGCCACCGCAACACGGGCUGAAGAAAUGGUGGAAAGAGCACCCCAAGAAGAAGAAGAAGGAGGAGAUGUCAGCAGUGGCCACGUCUGGGUCAGACACAGUCACCAUCACCAUCCCUGCCACACAGAUCCCCAACAACUUCAGCCACCUCCCUCCUAAUGCACAAAUCAACAUCCAGCAACAGCAGAUCCAGCACCUGCAGAGACAGCUGGCGCAGCAGCAGCUGCACAUGACGCAGAGCCAGGUGCUGCAGCCGCAGUUCCUGCACCCGUCGGGACAGCUGGUGUCGCAGCCGGUGCAGCUGCAGGUGCAGGUGACGAACGUCGGCAGCCAGGUGGCACAGCAGUCGUCUGUGCUGCAGAACUCGGCUGCUGAGCAGGUGCUCAUCGCAACAGACAGCCUGGGACAACAGUUACAGAAUCAGGCCAUCCAGCUGCAGCAGCCCCAGCUGACCGGAACCUCGUUGCCAUUGGUCAGCACCCAGCCCCAACAGAGCGCAGCGUCCGGUAACCUCCUCAACACCGCACAGAUGACCAGCUACAACUUCACCCAGGCUCCCAACGUCAACAUCGCAACUGUACACCAGACUACUGCUGGCACAUCACAGGUGCCGACCCAGCUGAUUAUCCAGACCCUGCCCACCCCCCUGCCGUCGCAGACCCUGCAGUCCCAGAACAUCCUGCAGCAGCUGACUCCGCAGCAGGUGGCCCUCAUCAUCCAGCAGGCGCUCACUCCGCAGACGUCCACAGCUGCAGCUGGCCUGGCCAUCGGAUCUGUGGCACUCCCCACACAGAACACAGACUCACCAUUUGAGACAUCUUCUGUGGAUGAAACUUUGACUGAUGGGGAACAGUCAGCUGACCUGAUGAGCCAAUCAAAUCAGCAAAGCAACUUGGAUGUUUCAACUCUCAACCAAUCACGGACUGGGAGUAUAAACCAAUCACAAGUCUCCUUGGUGCCAUCCACCAGCCAAUCGGCAACAAACCAACUGAAUCUUUCACAGCAAGCAGAUCAAUCAGGGCAGCCGUCAGAAAUGGUGUCUGAUGCUGCCAACCAAUCACAGACUGUGACAGUGGAGCAGAUGUCAUCACUUGCCAACCCCCAGAUGCCCCAGCAGUGGUUGCUAGGCGACAAGACACAAGGACUAGUGGGGGUUGCAGCAACAGGCAAUUCUGAACCCAGUGAUUCUUUCUUGUCUGUGGACACUUUUCAACUUCUAACCCAAAAUCAAAUUGGGAAUCUCAACAACAUCAACUAGCCUGAUUGUUAGCACAUAAAAGUAGAAUAUGUACAAAUUUGCAAAUAAAAAUUGAUAAAGCAAUAUCCAUUAUCAAAGACUUCUGUGAAGUUGCACUGUUGCGGAAAAUUAGAUAACCUGAUAUGACCUUGUGUAACAGGUCACAAAUGAUCUGUCAUGAAGGGUGAUUACAACAAUCAAUGGUAUCCAUGGGUUGAGCUUUUUUGGUGUUUGUGCAUAAGUUUAACUGUGCCUGUCACCUUAUUCAAUGAGUGGAACCUUGUUCCUAUUAACAAGGAGAGACUCUGUGUGAUGUGAAUUUGAAGUUCUGUACAGCAUGCCUAAGUAGGUAGUACAUGUACCCAGAACCAUUUCAGAUCUGUCAAACUGUUACUGAAUACCUGUAAUGAAAACAAAGUCCAUGAGUCCUAACUGCUCUGCAGUAUAAUUUAAAAAGCUUUCAUCAUAAUGAACUAUUAUUAGCUAUGAUUGUUAGCUAUGCUAUUUAUUGACUAGAGAAUGUAUGUAUAGUAUGUUAGAUAAAACUGUGCAACAGAAACAUGCCGCUGGCUUUGUAAAUACAUGUACAUUGUAUGUAGAAUAUGUACACUUCAUCACAGAUGAAGUUGAACUGCAUUGCCAUUAAAAUACCAGUGUUAUUUCUAAAACUAUGGUUGUG